AUGGCUGCUGAGUAUCCCCCAGGCAUAUAUCAUGCCCUCUCCACAUAUACCUUCGGUUAUCAGCUGAACUGGUGGCUUUUUGGUAUUUUGACGGUCCAAGUCUACCUCUAUCACACCGCCAAGUUUCGCGACCGGUUUUUCAUCCAGUUUUUGGUAUAUGGAUCGUUUCUUUUGGAGACCGCACAGACGGCCAUCACGUCGAGGGAUUCGUAUUAUCAGCUGGUGCUCUCCUACGGGGAUCCGGACAUGCUCACGGAGGCGUAUCUUACAUGGCUCACCAUGCCGGUUACGGUUGGCAUCAUCAGCAUGAUUGCGCAGAUAUUCUAUGCCUAUAGGAUAUACAUUCUUUGCCACAUCCGUCUUCUCGCCGUUUUCAUCGUUGUCCUUGCCCUGACGCAAGGAGUAACGGCUAUCGUCGCUGGAGUCAUUGUGGUGACUGCGAACUCCAGUGAUGUCGCAAGUAACACUACUAAUGAUGUGGUUCCUGUCACCAUCUGGCUCACGAUCAGUGCGGCUUGCGACGUCACCAUAUUCUCCGCAAUGACUUGGAUCCUAUCAACACGACGCUCUAGCGUUACAAGCGCCAACUCGAAUAUGAUGAUAAACCGGAUCAUCGUGCUGACCGUAGAGACUGGCUUGGCUUCCGCCGCCUGCGCCAUUUGCGUUCUCAUUCUUUUCGUUUCCUUCAAGCAGGACAUAUACUAUGCCUUGCCCGCAGUCAUGCUCUCUAAGAUCUACAGCAACUCCCUCCUCGUGCUUCUCAACAAUCGCCGCAACUCGAUCGAUCACGAAACGGUGAUCACGGACUCGUCUGGCACACAUCAUCGAAGCGCUGCCAGCCGUUCCAGUGGAGCAGUAAGAUCUACCAGCGUGCCUCUUGGCAACGUCUCUGUCGUCGAAGUGAGUUUCUAA